UCUUUUAUUAUUUAUGUAUAUACAAAACACAAAUUUAAUCUCUUACUUUUAAGACCGCCUCAAUGGCAAACAAACUUCCGCCAGUUAGCAGCCUUUCCAAUUCUUCAUACAACUCGGCGACGGCUCAACUUUCUUUACCAAAUCUACUGCAGAUGCCAAACGCACAGAUCAUGCACCAGACUUCCCAUCAGCCAUCCAUGAGAACCCAAGGGCAAACGACAGUACUGGGACUUCUAAAUGCUUCAAGCCACGGACAAUCUUUAAGCUCUCUACAGAGCCAGGCUCACCAGAUCCAGCGAAUCACUGGAACCAAUAUGAGUGGCAACAGUAUGCUGAUGGUACAGCAGUUACAACAGAUUAACGACCAGAGUCAGCAAAUCAGGAUGACACAGCCACCUCAACAACAACACCCCCAGCACCAACCACAGCAACACAGCCUAUGCAUGCAACAAAACUUCCUCCAACAACUUCAUAAUGGUAUGGAAUACUUAAACAAUUGCCUGUGAUGACCUAAAUCAUUUGGAAGAUAAAAUUAAAUGUAUCUGAAUUGAUUACUUUAUAUAAUUAAUUUUGUAGCUUAAGUUAAAAAUUCAAACGAAAAAAUUGUGCAACAAAAAUUCAACGUAAAUAUAGGUCUAUAAUAUAUUCGUUUUGACCUGUGCUUAUAGUAAUUGGAAGGAAUU